CCAAAUUGCCGCUGAAGGAAUCGGCUGCCUUUGGUCACUGAGACGUUGAUCGAGAGACAGCAUCAUGGAGAGACUAAGUAUCACUAUCUCUGUCAUCUUCCUGUUGAAGAUACUGCAGCCUGCUCUGUCGAUAGAUCUUUGCUAUGACUGUUGCAUGUACCAAAAGGGGACAAAAGAAUUCGAUGAAUGUUGCAAGAGAAUGAAUUGCAUUCCUGACUGUGACAAUAUCAUAUCAGACGCUGGCAUCUUCGCAAUUCGAGAGGAGUGUACUCAGUCGCUGAGGUGUUGCAUGCACCCGUUUCUGUCGAAGGAGUUCAAUGAUUGCUGUUCACUCUUUGGCUGCUGUCCCUUGUGUAGCAGAGAACCUCAUGGCUGUUGCUAUGGGCAGCAAUUGAAAGGCUGGGGCAAGAUUGUUGCAACGUUCAGCGAAACAUGCAUGCAGUUGAAGUGUGGUGCCAGUGUUAGAGAUACGGCACCCUACGUCACCCCGUUUAUAGUGCCUUAUUUUCUAUCCCCGAGGGAAUGUAAAUUUGACGAGCACGGCGCCGUACACAAGGAUGGCGACGAGUGGUACGACGCCUCCAAGUGCGAGCUGAAUAAGUGCCAAAAGGGCGACGUUAAAACCAGGACUUCGCGUAUGCCCUGUCCUGCCCCGUCGGUUGAGUCGGGGCAUUGUCGGCGGCUCGGGAAAGGUUGCUGCCCCUACUACGACUGCGGCCCCGAGUUUAAGUGCCCGGCCUCAGACCAAUUCGAAAUCGUAUGCAUCCAGUAUAACGACCAGUGCAAUAAUGACACCGAUUGCGCGGAGAACCAGCAGUGUUGCCUGGUUGGAGGCUGCGGGAAAGAGUGCUUCAGCCUGUGCAAAGACACCUCCGGCAACUUCCACGGUGUCCUGGAAACGUGGCAGGAUCCCGACGACCCUUGCUUGACCCACACUUGCCUUCGAGACGGCACCAUCGCCUCCGCCAGCCUGGCCUGCCUCGCUUGCCCUACCAACCCCGGCAGCUGUAACCUGGCCAGACCCGAAGGAGAUUGCUGCCCGCGAUGGAACUGCUCAAAUCCUUUUGCUGCUCUUGACACUGCAGACGACCCGAGCUGUGUCUUUCCACUGACGCUUCCUU